CAUUUUUGCUAGCGAUUAUGGAGCGAAAUGGUUUUGUGUUUCGUAAUAAACACGUUAUGUUUACAACUGGUAUUAAAACGGAGAACAGAAUUAACGAUAAAGACAUUUUAAUUGAAACAGAUGGCACGUUUAUAUUAGUCGUUAGGUAUAAAAUAAGAGUGUUGUUUUGAUUCAUUUUCCUUCAAAAUGGAUCCUGAGGAUCAGAGGUCAGAUUUCACGAGAGUUGUCGACUCUCUGAUGAGUUUAUUCGGUGAAGUGAUGACCCGAGAUGCAGUCUGCGCAAUCGUGGAGCACUGUGGUGGGGACUUGACUGAAGCAAUUGAUAUUAUUAUCAACAUGUCAGAUGAUUCUUCUGUCAGCGAAUUAUCAAACAAUGUACCAACACCUAAUCAAACAAUUGAAUCUUCACACAAUGUUGUGGGAAAUCUAACUGUCUCACCAAAGCCACAGAAUACUGGAACCGUGGAACUCAUAAUUAAAGAGACAGAAAGUCUAUCUGUAACAAGAAACCCACAAAAUGCCAAUAUGCUGCUAUUACAACCUAGAUUAUCAUAUUCUGGAGCGUCACAAUCCAAAGGAGCUUACCCCAAACAGUUUCCUAAACAAGGACCGAUCAACUCACAAAUAAGUAUAUGGACGCCACAAACUAGACAAAUUGUUGAAUAUCACAAUAAAGGGAGUAGAACUUUAAUUUUAAUGAGAGGGCUACCUGGGAGCGGCAAGUCUUUCUUAUCACGGCAAAUAGUUGAAACUAUGUGCCCAGGCAUGAAUUAUAAAUCAUUCAUAUUUAGCACCGACGACUUUUUCAUGCGUAGGGGAAGAUAUGAAUUUCAGAGGUACAUGCUUCCCGACGCACACCAAUGGAAUCAAAAUAGGGUCCAAGAAGCAUUUGGUCGCGGUUUAAGCCCUAUUUUCGUUGAUAAUACUAACGUGGAGAUACGGCACAUGGAGCCAUAUGUUAGGGCAGGAGUCCGGGGAGGCUACAUAAUAGAGGUUUUAGAACCUAAUACUCCAUGGGCUAAAAAUGUUGGCAACCUGGCUCGAAAAAAUUCGCAUGAUGUCAAUAUUUCGGCUUUAAAACGACUAUCGGAUUCCUUCCAACAUUGCCCGAGUGGUGCUUUUUUAAUACAAAUUUUUGGGUUAUCAUAUCCUGCAGAUAAAGUUCCUCCAGUAAUGAGGAAUACUCCACCAGUUUUUGAACAAGAUCAACAUGAUGCUCCAUCUCCACAUCAAACACGUCAAAGCCAGGUUGAAUCGGCGACAAGUCAAUCACGCCAGGCAUUUGAAGUGAGGCAAAAUCUUCCAUAUGGAUUGAAGACUCACGCGAUACAGCAGGAACAUCCUACUACAAGCCACAGCCAAGCUGACGAUGCUUCAAAUACUGCACACGUGCCAAGUGAAACCCAGGCCGCUCCAACUAAGGAAAACUUCUUAUCAUCUACGCAAAAAUGUUCACAUAUAGAACGUAUUAUAGAAACGACUAUAGAAAAUGAACACGAAACUUCUGGUGAUAUUUCCUCUGUAACAACCACAAAUGACGCUGAAACAGCUCAUGAUGACAAUGAUCCAAUCCAUAAAGUUGAGUUUGUAAAACUUGAAGAUGUGCGAAAGCAGUUAGAGCAAAUUGAAAAACUUGAAGAAGAAUGGGAAAAUGGAGAUGCAUGGAAUGAUGAUUCAAAAUCAACAGCAAAUUUUCUCACUGUAAAUGCGCCAGAGUUUGUUCCUCAACCACCUAGAAAUGCUGAACUUAAUUCUACAGAAUCAGAUAGAUUUUUGCCAUCCAGUUCCCAUUAUAAUGAUUGGUCAAAGAUUUCAAUGUUCAUGCCAUCAUGGACUGAAUGUCAACCUACUAGUUUACUGGACACACCAAAUGUUGAAGUAAUGAUGGCAACAAGUGGUACUAGUGUAGAAUUUGAUGACACUGACGUCAAUAAUACAACCCUUAAAAUUCUUAUGGCUACACCUAGAGAUAUUAACUUUUACUACACGGGAUUAAAUGAAGAAAAGAUUCCUAAUAAACGAAUGUUGGACAAAAGCAGUAUGACGAAUGAUCACGAUCACAUUGCGAUUGAAACUGUUAGGUGCAAAAAUGAAGAGAAACACUUUAUUGCUUUUAGAAAACUGUUCAAGAAUAUAUCCAAAGUGGAAUUAAGAGAUAUAUUUGAUAAAUGUGUAGGCGAUGUAAACUGGGCUGUUGACAUUGUUCUAGACGGCAUGGCUAAUAAUCAAUUGCACACUAGUACUGGAGACAUUUCGGACACAGAAGAUUUUGGCGAAGAACAGUGUGACUGUCUCGCAACAUACAACAUAAUACCGAACGUUAAUACGCAGCCGAAAGUAACUAUACCCAUUCCAGAUCUAAGCCCAACUGAACUCGCACCCGUAAUAUCAGGACCUAGUACACAGAAAUUUAAAAAAGAGAAGAAAUUUUCGGAAUCCUCUAUACAGUUAAAACGUCAAAUAGAGCAAAACGUAGUUAUAUCUGACAGUCAUUACUCUGACCAUUGUCUUAAAAUAAGGAAAAUGCGCCGCGGUGAAGUGGACGAUGGUCAAGGAGUUUCACUUCAGCAAGAAACAGAAGAUAAAGAAAGAGACAGUCCUAUAGCUUCCACGUCAACUGCUGCCGAACCUGUAGCGGAGUCUUAUUUGAGUACUGAUGAUGACGAUUCUCAAACCGCUUGCAGUGAUGACGGCGAAAGAGUUAUCAACGUUGAUUUGGGAGCAGUCUUUAUUUCAGAGCUUGAUAACAUGUUUGGCCGGAACGAUAUGCUAUACCCAGAUAACAUACUGACAAGGGUGAACAUGCCAGUUUCCUUGUUAAAUGAAAUUAACGCUCUUUGGAUUGAGUCGUUUAUGUAUCAAUUAGAUGAGCAGUCGCGCCAGUCGGAAAUAAUGCUACGCCAAGAUGAAGAAUUUGCGAGGCAGCUGGCUUUAAAAGAAGAACAAUUGGCUAAAGCGGGGCAAGAACCCGCCGUUCCAGACUUAAAAGACAUUAUGGACAUGGAACUAGCGCUGUCCAUUUAUAAGAAGGAGAUAACGGCAGAAUGGCGCAAUAAUGUGCCUAAUGAUUUGGCCGCUAGAAUGACGAGAGAAAAAUUGUAUAAUUUGUUCCCUGACGUGAAUCCAGAAAUUCUCUCUGAACUUCUAAUGGCUCAUGACAAUAAUUUUCAGGCUACUGUUGAGGUAUUAUUAUCAUCAACAGGCAAUGCCAAAAUACUGGAAGAAGAAAAUGGUGUAGCAAAAUUUAUAACUACAAAAGAACUAGAACGCCAUGAAAAAUUGAUUGAAGAACAAAAAAAGGCGCUGUCGGAUGUGGAAUGGCCCUUGCUACCCAAGGAUGACAAGGUCGACAUGAACACGGUGCAGGAGUACCGAGCUAAAGCCAGCGAACACUUGGACCAGCGGAAUCUGUACCGACUGCGAGCCGAAAGUUUUCUGGCGCGCAACAUGCCUCAAAUCGCCACGUACUACUCCGACGUGGCGGUGCUGCAUAAGAAGAAGUUCGACCACGCCAACAGUUUAGCGGCUGCUUCCCUGAUGCAGGUCCACGCAGCAAAAAAUACCGACAAAUCCACAAUCGACCUUCACUUCAUGCGCUUACUCGAAGCCAAAGAAACGUUAGACUUGUUCCUCGACUCCCACAUUCGCAAAUUGCGAGAGUCGCAGACGAAAGGGCCGAGAUUCCACACGUUGUUCUUUAUAACGGGCCGGGGCUUGCAUAGUCCCGGUGGGCCGGUCAUCAAGCCGGCCACGAAACGAAGGCUUCGUGAGAGGGGCAUAACAUAUUCUGAACGCAACCCGGGCCUCCUGACAUCACGGGUGUGCGCCGACGACAGGCUGACCCACGAGCUGCAAUAGUAUUGGCCCCCUCCGUGCCGCCGCCCCUCCCGCCUGCACCUACAGCCCACCUUCAUGUACGUCUACAACCGCGUCGUCGGCCAACCGUGCCUGUUCCACAACGGCUUCAUGCAUGUAUCCCUCCUCCUCCCGGGUUUCUUGCUAAAUCACAAUCGGACCGUGUUCAGUUUUUAUGAUAAUCCCCCGCUUUUAGUGUGCACUACUAUUAUGCCGAUACCGGGCAGCUGGCUCGCUUUAUCUUAUACAUGGAUCACUGUACCUUUAUACCCCUUAAUCUAGCUCUACAAAAAUUCAUGUCUAUGUUCUCUACUUUCCCUGGUUCGAAGUAUAAACUCAAACAUCUUUACUCCAACAUUAUAAAGACCUAAGGUGUGCAAUCCUAUGACGACUAUGACACACAGUUGUAACUAGAAAUUCAGCUUGCAUACUGUAGUCACCUGCAAUAUUAUCUUGCUCGUAAAAAUAUUAAUCACUCUUAGGCCGCUUUCCCACUGACGUCCAGUUUUUUGCGUACGGUUUUUUGCAGGAUCCAGUUUUCUGUAAUAUGCGUGCAGUAUCCGGCAAACAGAAUGCUCGUGUGAACGUCACUAUAUUAACACGUAUACUACUUAAACUGAAUCCUGGAGAAAACCGUAUCCCGCAAAAUACUGGAAGUCAGUGGGCAAGAGCUCUUACGGCGUUACAAAUAAGAUUGUGUCCGAUAUUGUGGCGCUCAUCGUUGUGCAAUAUAUUAUUGCGUGUAGCUUUCCAUUGCUAGUUUGAACGUUGAGCAAAAAAUUUACCAAAGUAAUACUGAACUGAACGGAAAUAAUAUCACUUCAUUAAGAAACGUAUAAGUACUAGACUUGAAUUUGCUUCUAGCACUUUCACUACUCACUUUGUAAAUGUGUCUUUGCAAGAGAUGCCGUUAGUUUUAAUUUAAACAAAAGACGCAAAUUGUCAACAAACAGCUCUGAUUCGACGAUGUAUUUUGGUGUUGGAUUGUCAAGUGCCAACGGUUUCUUCGUCUUGACAAUGUCAUGAAACCUUGUUCGACUUAUCACGUACUAGUUGUCUAUGCUACACCUAAAUAGCAUUUUGGCUAUUUUAAUAAACUGUUAUCUUGUAGGGAAUAAGAUUUUAAACGUCAAGUAGUGAUGUGACCCUCGUCCUUAAAUUGGCUUCCUUGCUUUCGUAAGCGACAGUUGGGUGGAAUGCUCUAAAACCGUAUUAAUAUGUUUUCAUUUUACUUUAAGUUGUUAAUAACGCGACUAAAUUUAAGACUGAGACUAGGAACAAUGACUUUAACACAAAUCUAUUUUGAUAUUUGUAUCUUCGUCCAUUUACUGACCAAAUAAUUUAGUACAGAAUACAAUGUUUCGGCAUACGUAAGAUUAGUCAUAUAAUAUAUCAUAAUCUAAGAUCUUAAGAAUCGAUCUUAGAAUCUAGAAAUAAAACUAUGAAAACGGAUUAUAUCUCGUAUAUUGAAUUUAUAAUACAUCCCGACGUUUCGAACCCUUUACAGCGUUCGUGGUCAACGGGUGACUGAGGAAAAACUACAAAGUGCAAAAAUACCCACAUACUAAAAAUAAUGAGCCAUCAUAGACUAUAAACUUUAAGGCUGGUUGUACAUGCAAAAUCAGUUCAUAAGGCUCUAGUUAUACAAUACAACUAUUUUCAAGUAAAGAUAUUUAUAAACGCGAUAAAAACUACGCCGGCUCCAACCCUACACCUCGGACCCGAGAAGAUUUAAUUCCCUCCUAAAUUGUAGGAGGGUAUCCCAAUAUGGGACCGGCAACAAACUCGGCGGGACACAUCUUUUCAAAACAUAUUAUACUCAGAAUGUCCAACAUCAUCCAACACUAAGGUCGCGAAUAUACGCGAUAUAAUCCGUUUUCAUAGUUUUAUUUCAUGAGUAACUAUCGCGGUAACCGAAGACAAUAUUAUUUAGAAUCUAGGAUCUUAGAUUCUAAGGUAGUAUCCGCUACGUAUGUAAAUGAAAUACAAUGCCAUAUUUAAAGCGGAUGUUAUCAUCAUUGUAAGAAACACUUCACUCCUAGACACGGAAAACAAAUGGAAGUAUUUAAUUAGCAAAAGGAGUUAAAAAGAGAAGUUUACAUAUUUUUUUACGCAUAAGUAUCUGUAUUACAUGUUACAAAUGUUCAUGAAACUGGCCUCAGACCGAUAGUACAAAAGGUCCCAACUAUGGUCCAUAAUGAAUUUGAAUAUCUUCGUUCAGUACGGCAGAUGUCGCUAGUCGGUAUACAUUAGCUUGUAUUCCAUUUACAUCCACAAUUCUAUCUACAUACAAAUUUUGAAUACCAAUUUUCAAAAAAAAAUCUCUUUGUAUUGUUGCAUUUUUGAUACCGACAUUCAUUGCCGACGCAUUACGAUUACCAAGUGUCGUAGACGCGAAUUCGCGUCUUCGGCAAUGAAUCGGUCCGCUUUCCUACUUGCUUUGCUCCACUUAGAUAUUGUGUUGUAUUUAAAAUUAUUUGGGCUUUAGGCUUUCACUGCCAAAAAAGCAAAGCUGCCAGUUUCUUCGUACUUCAUACUGUUGUAUAGGAUGUGGAGGAUAUGUUUAUCCUCCCGAGCCUACUUUUGUACUGUCCUUUUCAGAGGUGGCGAAAUAGUUGACUAUACGUAAUAGUUAAUUAUGUAUGAUAUUUUCUAAACAGUUGUUAAGACCUAUCUUAACAAGUAGCAGAUAAGUAGGUAUUAGCAUACCUAAGUACCUACUUACCUAAUCUAGACAGAUUAAGUCUCUCAAUCGUCCUAUGAUAUGUAAAGGUGACAUCUACCGAAACUAUUGUGUACUAGUUUAAGUGCUCAAUAAGCUGUUAGCUAUGUCAAUGUAUGUAAUAGUUCCUAACCAAUCCGUAGUGUCAUAGUGUGGCGCUGUACUUUACUAUAUAAGCUUCUACAUGUAUGUAGAUAAGCCCACUUUUUCUAACCAGCCUUCUGUAAAACAUUAAAUUAAGAUAUCAGAUUCUCUGCUUUCAUUUGGUCGCCAUUACCUCCAACGCUGAACAUAAUGGUGACCCCUAGUUUAAAUCGCGGUUAAUCUCAGUACUUUAAAGCGAAUCGCUAGUAAAUUUAGUAAAAUUUGCGAGCCGGUACGUCGAGGAAUCGCCGCGUAUCCUGAUUUAGGCCGGGAGAGCAACGUUACCACGUAGGCAGCAACCGCGUGGGGCUCCGCCGACCUGAAGAAGCUGAAGAGGUGACUAGGAGGCGACCACACCACUCGAUCGAGCGGCCUGAGCCAACGCGACAGGCGCCGACCGAGCCACCAAAGCGGGACCACGUGCGUGGCACCGCAGCCGCAGCAGGGAACGGCUACCGCAAGUACCAAAGGGACCACGUGGGUGGUACCACACCAGAGGCAGAAGGAGCGCCCAAGCGAGGGCAAUCACCAAGCUACGCCACGCGCACGAGCAUCAAUCGAGAAGGCAAGUGAGCUGGCAUUCCCUAACCUAUCUACCAAAUCUCCCUACCAAAUUUAAUUGUAAUCGAUUUAUUUCCUACAAAUUGUAAAUUGUAAUCGUUCUUAAUCAUGUUAGAAACUUCCAAAAACACUCUAGAAGAGUUAGAAAUUAGGCAGUUAAAAAAUAGACGAGGUGUCUGUAAGCGAAAAUUAACUGUAUUUAAUAAAUUUAUAGAAAGAAUCGACUCAAGUGCAUUGACGGCCGAAAUAAUUGUAGACAUAAGCUUAAGACUAGAACAAUUACCAAAGUUAUACAAUGAUUUCUCUGAGAUACAGGACCGGAUCGAGACACUGUGCAGCGACGAAGGGGACAUCGAAGCCCACGAGGCCGAGCGUAUGUCAUUUGAGGACACAUUUUACCGACUUAGCGCUAAGGGCAAGCUGCUGGCGAAGGUAGAUACCGAUUCAACACCAAAUGACCAUAGUCCGCAAGCCCCGCCGCAGCAACCCCUCGGAUUUCAAAACCUUCCUAAAGAACCGAGCUGACCGGCUGGAAGCGACCAGCCCAGCAGUACCAUCGGACGCACCCAGCACUUCCAAGAAGGCCAUGGUAACCACGUCCGAACCUAUCAAGGUAACCUCCAAACAGUUUAAAUGUAACCAGUGUCCGUAUUGUUCGAGUACGCAUUAUAUUAAUCAGUGUCCAAAGUUUAGUGCAUUAAACGUUAUCGCGCGCAUCCGAGCCGUGAAUAAAUUACGAUUAUGCUUUAAUUGUUUGUCCGGAACGCAUGUCUUAACAAACUGCAGGGCCAGUACAUGUCGAGUAUGUAAGGGCAAGCAUCAUACGUUACUACACAAACCAAAUACCAACACUCAUGUAGGUAGUAACCCCGUACCAACGCGAUUACCAAUAUCAACGUUAAUCGACGAACAACCGAGUUCUAGUCAAAUCGAGACUACCUUGUCGAAUAACACUUUAAUCGAAAAACAAAUAAACAAUGCGCGAAAUAGGUCAGUUUUCCUUACAACAGCCCAAGUGCUCGUUAGGGAUAAGCAUAACAAUGUGCAUAAAAUGAAGGCAUUUUUAGACAAUGGCUCGCAAGAAAAUUUCAUUACCGAAAACGCGGCCAAAAAGUUACAAUUAAACAAGGAACAACUUGCCUUAAAUGUCAUAGGUUUCAAUGAAAAAGUGUCUAGCCUUUUAGAAUCGUGUGACGUAACAUUGCAUUCCUUAGACGGAACCUUUACAACGAAUUUGUCCUGUUUUAUUACGCCUAUAAUUUGUACUACCAACAUUUUAAUACCAAACGUGCAACGUUGGCACAUUCCGUCGCGUUAUAAAUUAGCUGAUGACGAGUUUAACUUAGCUCAAGAUGUAGAUUUGCUUAUCGGUGGGGAGAUAUUCUUUGAUUUACUUCUUACCGGUAAAUACAAGCUCGGGCCCGGAUUACCGGUUCUGAGACGCUCGCGAUUAGGAUGGAUAGUCACGGGUUCCGUACAAAAAAAAAACCGAGUCUGCCAUUCAAUGUAAAGUUACAGUAGAAACUCAAUUAAAAAAGUUUUGGGAAAUAGAGGAGGGUUCCGCACCAAAUUUACCCUAUGAUGAAAAACAAUGUGAGGAUAUAUUUCUGAAAACUCACACUCACAACUCUGAGGGUAAUUUCGAAAUAGAACUUCCAUUAAAGCAGCCACCUACCAAGUUAGGUCAAUCUAGGCACAUAGCAUAUCGGAGGUUCAAAACAUUAGAAUCCAAGUUCGAGCGGAACCCCGAAUUUAAAGAUAAAUAUGUGAAUUUCAUGCGCGAGUUCGAACAAGCUGGCCAUAUGAUUCAAUUACAAGAUAAUUAUGAUGGCCCAUGUAAUUUUCUACCCCACCAAGCUGUUUUUCGCGACUCCCCCUCAACCCCUAUUCGAAUUGUUUUCGACUGCUCAUGCAGAACUGAUAACGGCAUUUCUUUGAAUGAUAUCCAAUACAAAGGCUCAAUAAUACAGGACGAACUCAUAAAUAUACUUCUACGAUUCCGAAAAUACCAAUAUGUUAUUAACGCUGACAUACAAAAAAUGUACAGAUGUAUUUAUGUUAAACCAAAUCAACAAUACCUACAAUGCAUAUUUUGGCGGGAAAAUACUCACCAACGACUCCAAAUUUAUAUGCUGACCACAUUAAGUUUCGGCUUAAAGUCAGCACCACAUAUUGCAACCAGAUGUUUGUUACAAUUGUCAAACGAAAACCAACACACAUUUCCAGCAGCUGCAGAGGCCAUAGCGAACCAGUUCUACAUGGACGAUUUUAUCGCCGGCGGCGACGACGAGAAUCAGGUAGCUGAAACUGCAUCACAGGUGAACGAGAUCCUGCGGGGAGCCAACUUCACGCUGCGGAAAUGGAAGUCCAAUUCCGAAGUCAUCAUAAAACGGGUGAGCGAAACACACACACACCAAAACACACACACAACCGAAUUUGGAGAUAAAACACAUAAGGUCCUGGGUUUAGCGUGGUCUAGUGACUCAGAUGAGCUUAUGUAUACCAUUAAAGAAAACCAAAUUUCACACCCAAUCACCAAAAGAAAGGUACUAGGGGUAAUUUCGUCCAUUUUCGACCCCCUAGGCUUGACGGGACCAGUAAUUGUAGUAGCCAAAAUAUUUAUUCAAAAAUUAUUUAAGGCUCAAUUAGACUGGGAUACCGAAUUAACACAAGACUUGAUCCAAGAAUGGAACACAUUCUAUCGAGACUUGUUUUUAUUAAACCAAUUGAAAAUUUCGAGAUGUACAGUCAUACCCAAUUAUGUAACGAUACAAAUUCAUGGGUUCUGUGACAGUAGUAUUAAAGCCUAUGGCGCUGCCAUCUAUAUACGAUCAAGCGAUAGAGUAGGAAACGUACAAGUUCACCUACUUUACUCAAAAUCAAAAAUAAGUCCAAUACAACCCCAAACUAUUCCAAAUUUGGAACUUUGUUCCAGUUUACUGCUCGCGACACAUGUCGACAAAAUAAAACGAGCAUUAAAAUGUGACGUUUCCGGAAUCAACCUGUGGUCAGAUUCAAAAAUAACAUUAUGUUGGAUAAAAAAUAGUAACCCUAAAUUAACUUGUUUUGUUAGUAACAGAGUCACAAAAGUAUUAUCACUUACAAACAAGCACGAGUGGUCAUGGGUCCGCUCGGAGGAUAACCCCGCCGACCUUUUGUCCCGAGGGGUAGCACCAGGCAAGCUGGAAACCAACCAGUUAUGGUGGUCUGGGCCGGCGUGGUUGACCCAAAGUCCGGACACAUGGCCGACCCACGAUUCUGAGUCACUAAAUCAUGCACCCGAGGCCGAGAGCGACGUAAACAUAACUCUCACCUUGGCUAUUAGCACAGAAUCUAACGACACGAUACAAUAUCUUUUCCACAGGUGGUCAAGCGAUAAAACACUUAUUCAUGUAUUAGCAUACAUACUUCGAUUUAUAUAUAAUACAAAAAAUAAAACUCGAACAAUUAAUCCAAAUAAUAAAUUAUCAGGACCAUUGUCCGUAGAAGAAUUAAAAAAAUCGGAUCACGCAUUAAUUAGACAUGCACAAAUGGAAUCAUUCCCACACGAAUAUAAAUUAUUGCAAAACAAUAAACCGGUUCUUAACAAAUCAAAAAUAUUAUCUUUACACCCAUUCAUGAAGGACGGACUCGUUCGCGUAGGCGGACGAAUCGGUCUUUCGCAUUAU